UUUGCGCAUACCUUGGUGAUGGUCGCUCAUUUAUUGUACUGUCGUUGCAGCUCAAAGUACGCGGGGAAGAGGGGACGGUCUCAAUGGUUGCCGAGCACGUAGGCACGGAUCGCCGGUAUACACCCGGAUUGCCACGACAUUAUUGCAUGUAAUGCUGAUCGCGCAUAGUAUUCACGUUACGAUGAAACAUUCCCGGGACAGACACCGCGCCCCCGUGAAUUUCUCUCGCUUCAUUUUCUGUGACAAACGGUUCGCGGGAAACACUCGAAAACGUUUUGAGCCGCGGAUUGGUUCACAAUAAUGGUGUUCCAUGACUGAUCGCCAUUCGAAACGAUAUCGAAGAGCGUCAUUUUCUCGAAAUGUCGAAACGACGGAUCAGCCGUGACAAUCGGCUACGCUCAUUCUAAUCACGUUUCUUUUUUUUUAAUGCCCGAUACGAAUCGAGUAUGUGUUUCUCUAGGUAUAUUGUCUAGGUAUUCAUAAUCUAAUCAUACAUAUUCGAGAUCAUUUUAAGCGUGAUCCCAAAAAGUCAAGUAGAUUCAUAAUCGCAUUGUGUAAGACAAGAGCCAAUUUUGAAAAGUAUAUAAUUAAAAUAUAAUAAAAUAUAUCACAUAUAAAUGGGAUUUGUAGACAGCGAUUAUGUUAAUAUGUCCAUACUUUACGUAGAGAUAUAGACGAUGAGAUACUCGAAAAUAAAGUUUUCGCAGCCUAAAUCAUGAUCGUGGCCGUUCUCAGAUGAUCAUAAGAUGAUUAAGAUAAAAAUCCUGCAAGAAUUAACUUUUCAAUCUCGCCGUUAUUAUCACAUGUCGUAGAUGGGGGAAACUUUUCUGUUAUCUUGUUACCAUCUUAUUCAUUUCGGGUAAGUACUUCUAGCGUCACUCCGAGAGGGCAUUAGUGCAUGGAAUGCACGGCAAACUUUGAAUCGAGCGCCCAAGUAACUACGGUCGCGCGAAUAUUUAUCUGAUGGAACUGUCGCGCUAUCGCAUUUAAUCGGUAGAACGAGUAUCAAAGUAAUAAUGAACGUAGGAAACAUUCACGAUCACUGUUAAUUGUUACGGUUAUCGCGUACAUCUCGAUAGAUUUGUCCAUAUAAUGAAUUUGAUGGAAAAUCCGUGCGAAUAACGCUAUGAUCGCGCGGAGUUCACUUGAUAAAACUGUCACGCGUUUGCAUAUUAUCAAAUUAAAUCGUAAUUAUAUCGUAUUAUAUCAUGAUAUGUAAUAUCCUGUGGCGAUUUGUGACAUACCUGUGAUGGUGAUUAGCUACUCCGGGUACACUUCGGCGAGAGAUUCAUUUGAAGCACUCGUGAGCAUGGAUCACUGGUGUCGAUGUCGACGAUAUCGACGUAAUUUCACGACGACCGACGGUAUUUGAUACACCACGACGAAGGCACGACACUUUAUACGACAUUCGCGAUAAUAUCACGCGCACGGAGUCACUUUUGCACACUAAUCGUUUGCGAGAAGGCGGACGGAUACGACACCGAAUCUGCACCUACGUACCACCGCGGCGGGACACAGCGGGGAACAAAGACAGACGCUUCGAGAAUCGCAAUAUCGAAGUCGCAAUAUCGCGACUCUCGAAGUACCGGCCAAUAAAGCGCCAUGGUCGUUCUUGGAAUUUUCUACAAUGCAACAAGUGAUAUGAAUACUUAACAAAAGCCAGUUAACAUUGGUUAACAUGAGGAUACAUGGAUGCACAUGGAUGUAUCUCGCACGUGGAUUUUUUUGUGUGUGAGCGAUGUGCGGCAUUUGAGAGUCGAGACGAAGCGUCGAGUGUUAUUUGUCGUUUGAAGACGAGAACAAAGAAAGGACGAAUAAACUGCAGUUCGUUGUAAUUGUAACUUAUUUUUGUGAUUUGUCUCGAUUGGUUGCGAGACAUCCACUAUUCACUUCUGCAUUAUUAUUCUGUAUUUUCGAGGUCAAUAGGUUGCAACAAAAUGGAUAACGAUUUGGUGGACAGUAUUUUGAACAUGUAUAAAACCGCAGAGCCUUUUAAGGUAGUUAUGUCAGCUCCUUCUACUCGGCAGUACACGAAGCAAGAUAUAUCAUCUAUGUAUAAAGAAUUAGAUUCUAAUAAUGCUAAUAGGAUGGCAUUAGAAAAAGACUAUGCUAAGGAAUAUAUACAAAAAGAGGAAGAAGAGUAUAUAAAGUUGAAAAACAGUAUGUUUUUUACUAAUGAUAAUAUGGAAACUGUAUCGGAAGUAUCUGGAGACAUAGUAAUUCGCAAGGAGGAUACUGCUCUCCUUUAUCGUUCGUACAACUUUGCGUAUCGACCGAAAGUCAAUUUACCUAUUCUUGCUAUAAAGAACAAGAUAGUGUCUAUGAUUUCUAGUAAUUCCGUCGUUAUCAUUCGCGGUUCCACGGGUUGUGGCAAAACGACACAGGUACCGCAACUUAUUCUUGAUGCUGAGUACGAAAGAAAGCAACACUGCAAUAUUAUAGUAACACAGCCGAGACGCAUAGCCGCUAUAAGCAUCGCGAAACGAGUCAGCCAAGAGAGAGAUUGGCCAGUUGGUACAAUUGUGGGAUAUCAAAUAGGCUUGAUCAGGAAUAUAUGCCGUGACACUCGCAUUACGUAUUGCACGACUGGGGUGCUUCUAAACAAGCUCACAAACAAAAAGCACAUGAUGGACUACACUCAUGUUAUAUUGGACGAGGUACACGAACGUGACGAGGACAUGGAUUUCCUUUUGCUCGUAGUGAGAAAAUUAUUGCGAACAAAUUCUACCAUGGUUAAAGUCAUACUGAUGUCUGCGACGAUAGACGUGGACAAAUUUUCGGCGUACUUCUCAACGCCCGUGGAAAAUCAACUUUUACCCGCGCCAAUCAUUGAUAUACCCAAAAGUAGCCCCUAUGAUAUUUCCAUAUAUUAUAUGGAUGAGUUGGAAAAUUUGGGCAUUAUACCACAAGUGGAUUUUGAACCAAAGUUCUCAAAUACUGUGGCACAGUUUUCCACACAUAUUAUACACGUUUUUGAUAGUAUUGAUAAUAAGAACAAUAGCGGGGAUUAUAAUAGGGCUGCCGUGCUAGUAUUUCUACCAGGAUUUGCUGAAAUUGAGGAAAUGCGUAAUAUACUUCUAUCCGAGAAAUACGAUGCAAAGUGGGAUAUUAUUAUUUUACACUCGUUGAUCUCGACCGAGGAACAAGAAAAUAUAUUUAAGAAGCCACCCAAAAAUUAUCGGCGUAUUAUAUUAUCGACGAACAUUGCCGAGAGUAGCAUUACUGUACCCGAUGUUAAAUACGUGAUCGACUUUUGCUUGACAAAACUUCUCGUCACCGAGCCUGGAACUAAUUAUCAAUGUCUGCAACUUUGUUGGGCAAGCAAAUCAAAUUGUCAACAACGCGCUGGACGUACAGGCCGCGUAAUGGACGGUAGAGUAUACAGAAUGGUGUCGAGAGCAUUUUACGAGAAUGUGAUGGAGGAAGAAUCUCUUCCAGAGAUGCUCAGGGCUCCGCUCGCAAAUGUAAUUCUCAAGACGAAACUGCUCGAUAUGGGCGAACCGAUUGCUCUCCUAGCUCUUUCUCUGGAUCCACCGAAUCUCAGCAAUAUACGGAACACUAUAUUAUUAUUGAAGGAAGUCGGCGCAUUGCUGAAGAGAAACGGACAAGAAUUUGAUGGGGAAAUGACGCCUCUGGGUCGCGUAAUGGCCUCUCUUCCGUUAGAUGUACAUGUGUCGAAGCUGAUUGUUCUGGGUCAUCUUUACGGCGUCUUAUCGGACGCAAUUAUUAUCGCUGCUAGUAUGACUGUCAAAGAUAUGUUUAAUAUCGGGUUCUUCGAAUCGGAGACAACUUACCAUGAGAAAAUGUAUUGGUCUGCCAACUCCGAUAGUGAUAGCCUAGCUUGCUUGAACGCCUUCAAAGUGUGGCGAAACGAUAAGGCAAAUCGCCGUAUAAACAAUCCUCAACAGGAAAAAGAAUGGGCACGACGGAAGAGUCUUCGCGUGAGAUCAUUACGUGAGAUUGACGCUUUUAUAGGCGAAAUAACAUAUAAGUUGCGCGAAUUCGGCAUAACAGAGACAAUGAGUCCCGAAAAAAUCACUUGGGACAGUCUCAAUGUCGAUCACGGUUUUAUACUUAAAUUUAUAAUUGCCGGUGCAUUUUAUCCGAAUUAUUUUAUAAAAUUUCCACAUAACAUAAAUGAUCGCAAGCGAGAUAUAGAUAAAAUUCUGGGUUUCCGUAAUCCGAUGAAUACUAUUGUCUUGCGAGGCUGGCCGGACAAUCAGCCUGGGUCACUGUACUCUAGAAGAUUUCAGGAAAUCUUUGGACAGUACAUGGAUCUCAAAGACAACGAAAAUAUAACUGUAUCCUUCGAUGGGUCCAAUCGCGUUUACGUCGAAUAUGAGCAAAAGAAUCGCAUACCGAAUGAUUAUACUUUCGUUCGAAAUUGCGUCAAGUUGAGACAUUGUCGGAUGCCGAUUCAGAUAAUGUUAAUAAAUCAAAUGGACGCUCGUCGCCGAGCCGAGGAACUUGGGCUUACGAAAGAAUAUGGAAAGGUUCUGUUUCAAGUACCUGACAAUCCGGAUGAACCGCCUGGACGGCGAUACAUGUACGAUAAAAAACCGUAUCCGCCUUUACCGGACAAAUCCGAGUACAAGGGGGACAAGGUAACAUUGCAAGGUCCUUCCUCGCCAAUAGAGGUUCAACUGAUUCAUCUAGUGGCCAAAGGAAUGACGAAAAGCGUGACCGUGGAAGCCACAUCGGUGAACUCCGUUCUGCUUGACACCUGCCCGGAUAAUCCGAAAGGACUAUUUUUAGUGGCGCAAAACAUUAUUCGAAAUUCGCAGAAUAUGUCGCACUUGAUUUUACGGAACACGACUCUCUUACCCAAUACACCCGGUCUCGCGGCGUUGACCACCUUGAUUUUUACACCAUAUAUGGAACUGCGACGUAGCCCUUUAGGCACUUAUUACACAGGCGCUCUGUGUGGAUUAGGAUAUGAUCGUAGUACGGGGGAAAGCUUAUUCCUGGACCACGAUAUGGAAAUUAUGUUUGAUGUCGAGAUCACGAUGAAUGAUUUGCGAAUGAUUAAUAAAUUGCGUCAUUGGAUGAAUGUUGCGAUGCAUUUCGAUGUUAGAUCUGAGAUUGUAGAUGAUGGGGCUCAUCAUGAAAUAACAGUAAAUUGUCAGAAUCAAAUUAAAAAUGCGUUCAAAGAUGUAAUAUAUAAAACCCGUAAGAGAAUAGAGUCGAUUCCAAUCAGUAACUUUCACAAGUGGAACCGAUAUGAUGAAACUCUGUUUCUCGUGCCUGCUCGGGAAACCUCAAAGAAAAGCAAUAUAUAUGGUUUACACAAAGCAUUGGAAUUAAAUAAGAGAAACGACAAACUCGAAGAAAUGAUCCAACACCUGCUAGAAUUAGAGGUUACAGCUUAUAAAGAUCCGCGUGAAACGAGCAUCGAACCUAUUUAUUGUAAAUUAUGUUUGAUGGAAGUAUGUGGCAUCAUCAAUCUUCGUGCACAUUUGUGUUCGGAGCAACAUAUAAUGAAACAACGAAUGAUAGAUACGACUGCUGAAUUUGGAGAAAAUCUACAGAGUAUAAUGGGAAAACUGAGGCUAUAAUGCAAUGAGUAAAUUUCAAAUUUGCAUUAAUCUUUUUUAUUUUGUGAUAAUUUUUUUAUUUUGUGAUAAGACUUUAUUUUUCAAUCUAUGUAAAAGUUUAAUUGCGACAUUUUUUACUUAUAAGUACAAAAACUUAUCUUGUAAAUGUAGAUAAAUGAUAAGUACAAUGUGAUUAUUGAUUAUAUUUAAGAGUUUACUGCGAAUAUAAGAUCUAAAAAGAAAUGUUUUUUUACGUUUUUUCUUUUUAUUCUUAUUUCACAAUUAAAUACAUGUUAUUUUUUUUAUAGUGACAAAUUAAUUAAGCUAAAUUUUUUAAUCAUAAAUAUAAGCUUUUCAUAGAUGUAUUACACAUAAAAUAAAUGUAUGAUAUAUAUAUAUAUAUAUUCCAACAUAUUGCCACACACAAUGAAACUAUUCUGAUUUUUUAAAUAAUAUCUACGAGCUAUAUAUAAACUUUAUACACAGGCAUUUGUUAUUUUGUAUACUGAUAUUUAAUAUGUUUAAUGAAACUUGUUGUUUAAUAACUGGAAAAUACAUUAAAAAAUUAGUCAAUUA